UGUCAUUGACACUGUCGUAGACCGACUGUCAGCUGUCAGUUGUGUCAAGAAUUCGAUCAUAAUAAUUUCUGUGGGGGUACGAAAAUAAAGAUCGGCACAGCUUAUCGAUAUACACCAUGAGUUCCCUCUUGCUACUCAAUUCCUCGCUUGUCUCGAGGCUCCCAACAAAUGCACUCGGAGUUGUGUGCUUGCGGGCCAACUACUCCACAGAGGGACCACGACCCCUGAAAACCACAAACUUGUCUGCGUUGAAGCGAGGAACUGGAGGCCGAAGCAGUUUCAAUGGGAUCGUGGCGACGGUUUUCGGCUGCACCGGUUUCGUCGGCCGAUACGUUUGCAAUAAGUUGGGAAAAAUUGGCACCCAAAUGAUUCUUCCAUACCGUGGAGACCAUGGCGAGGCAAUCAGGCUGAAACUAACCGGAGACUUGGGGCAAGUGCUGUUCCAUGUUUUCGACCUGCGAGAUGAGAAGUCGAUCCGAGAGGCCGUGAAAUAUUCGAACGUUGUAGUCAACUUAGUGGGACGCGAAUUUGAAACGAAGAAUUUUAAAUAUGACGAUGUUCAUGUGGAGGGAGCAAGGCGUCUUGCCAGAAUAUGCCGCGAGGCGGGAGUCGAUCGCUUUAUUCAUCUUUCUGCACUGAAUGCUACUCCAAAUCCGGAAUCGCAUAUCAUUCAAGGUGGCAGCAAAUUCUUGAAAAGCAAAUAUUACGGGGAGUGCGCAGUCCGCGAAGAAUUCCCAGAAGCUACCAUCAUUCGCCCGUCCGACAUCUAUGGCCAGGAGGAUCGCUUCCUGCGAUAUUACGCUCAUAUCUGGCGUCGCCAAUUCCGUGCUAUGCCCUUGUGGAAAAAGGGAGAGUGCACAAUCAAACAGCCAGUUUAUGUAGGCGAUAUCGCCCAAGCUAUCGUAAACUGUGCCAAGGAUCCAGAUACAGCUGGGCAAGUGUACCAAGCUGUGGGUCCGAAACGUUACCUCCUAAGCGAACUGGUGGACUGGUUCCACCGCGUGAUGCGUAAAGACGAGAAAUGGUGGGGCUACAUGCGUUACGAUAUGCGCUUCGACCCGACAUUCGUGAUGAAGACGAAAAUUACUGAACUUUUGUGUCCGGGAGCACCUGUAGGCGGUCUUCACAUGGAGCGAUUGGAAUUAGAAUGUGUGACGGAUGUUGUUGAAAGGGGCGUUCCGACACUGGAAGAUUUGGGAGUUCAAUUGAUGCCGAUGGAAAAUCAAGUUCCGUGGGAAUUGCGACCAUACCGGGCGGCCCAAUACUACGACGCUGAAUUGCAUGAGUUCGAAGAGCCUGCACCACCCAAGGCAAUCGAUGCAAGAUACGCCUGAAUUCCGACGUUUGUUCCAUAGGUGAGGUACGUUCUGUGUAUUUGGUAAGCAGCAGAGGACAGUGAAGUUUGCCUGACAUUUGUUAUUUGUCCGAUUUAAAUAAACUAAUGUGGAAUACAGUG